UUCCUCCAGAGCGCUUCACAGCCAGAGAAUGAUGCCUCCAAAACAGGAAUUUGUGUGUAUGACGGUUUGCUUUCAUUUUUUCCGUGCACUACUAGGCUAGUUUUAUAAACGUUUCUUUCCCUACCCGUAAUAACUGGUGGAGCAGGAAAUAUGAGCAGGUACCGUGACGCCUGAUGGUCCUGGGUUUCUGAAAAAUCUACAACUUGAGGACAUCCUUUCAAUGAUAGGACCACACUGAGCCAUGAGAACCAGAGGCAGGCCAAAAAAUGAAUCUAAAGAGAUGGACGUCUGCACUAAGAUCCCGUCUCCAUCUGCAGAAGUGUCCAUUUUCGAUCACCUCCCCCCUCUCAAUUUGUCCACUCUUAAAUCUGUACCAAAUACACCUAAGAGAGGCAGGGGAGCAAGGAGACGGAUACAAGGAGGCAGCUUGACUUCAACACCUGUCCGUAACUCCUCCACAUCCAGCACAUUACCCUCCUCUACUGAAGCUGAUGAAGAGAAGCUGGAGUUCACUGAACACAUUACUCAAGCAAAGACUGUAGAGGCAGAAUCGCCACGGCCCAAGCCAAGAUGUCGAAAAAGGACCUACCCUGUUUCUAAGCCAAAACAAGGUAGACGAACACAAGCUCCAGAGCAAACUAAGGCAAACGGGACUGUGACCAAGCCUCGGCGUGGUAGGAAGCCAAAAAAUGAGACUGAAGAUGUGAAGGAAAAAUACAGUAUUCAGCCAUCCAAACGCCUAAAGACUAAGCUUGAGCUUCAGAAGCCUGAUGCACCUGAGCAAGAUGAGUCUUUGUUGUCUUCAGAUCUGUCAAUCGAACUGAGUCACUAUGAGGAACAGCUUCCCUCUCUGUCCAUGCAAGAAGAUGAGAGCGAGGAUGAGGAGGAGGAAGAACUGCCAAGCUUCUUGAUGCAGAAAGUCAAUAAACCUCCCUCUAUCACAGAAGGAGCGUUUGUUUGGGGCAAAUGUAGAAAUUACCCUUACUGGCCUGCAUUGGUAAAAAAUGUGAACCGAAAACAGAAGAAAGCAAGUGUGAUGUUUGUUGACCAAGCCUUCACAGGGAUUCAGAAUAAGAAAGGGUUCACAUUGCCUCUGAAAUCUUUGAUACCCUUUGACUGUGAAGAAGCAGAUGAGCUGAUGCAAAAAGCCAAAGAGUUGUAUGAGGCUGCAAUUACGUGGUCCUUGGAAUUUAUAGAAGACUACAGAAUCCGUAUUGCAUGCGGUUCAUUUGCAGGCUCUUUCAUUGAGUACUGUAAUCAUGACAUGAGCUACCCAGUUCGACGGAAGUAUCCACAGGCAGCGUCGGAUAGACUAAUGAUCACCAGUGAUAUAAUCAUGGAGGAACCAUGUGGAGAUCACAAGGAGGAUGGUGUUGGUAAGGAGCAAGAAGCCUCCACAUGCUCAAAGAGACUGCUGCCAGACCGAACGCAUGCUGCCCAUAACCGAGCUAAUGAGAAGCUGGUCCGUUUCAUCGUCAAGAAGCGCAUGGUGGAGAAACAUCUUCUGGCUGUGAUCCAGGGGCAGCAGCAGUCUCGCUGGCUUCAAACUUUUUUAAGUUCCAAACAGAGAAGAGUGGUGAAUGUUUACUUGGAAGACGAUCAGCAGUUGGACCAGGUCUACUGGUACCUAAAUGAGCUCUAUGCAGAAGCUGUGGCCAAAUCCCCAUGCCUGGCUAAGGUGAAAUCAAUGGAGCGUGUCCCUUUUGUUCUAGAUGUUCUCUUACCUGAGGCCAUCAUCUAUGCUAUUGCUGGGGUGGACAAUGUUUCUGUGAAAAAGGCGGAAGAAAAGUACCUGAGAGGGCGGUGUAUUAGUAACAGAGAAAGACAAGAGUUUGACUUAAUGAUUGAGCGACAGAUGAGGAGAAAGUCGCUGCGCCAGAAUACAGCACUUGAACUAUUUUCUGACUCUAUUGGAUCAAAGACUGGGGAAUAGAACAAUCACUUUUUUUUUUUUUUUAUUCUGUUAAUUUCUUUACAGUAAUGUAGCCACAACAUCAUACCCUGCAAAAUAGUAUAACCACAUCAUCACAGCUGGUCUUUAAUCAGCAUUACCAUUUAAAGCAUUUACGUUUAAGUUGAAAAAGGGAGAUGCAUUUACCUUCCUAAUUGAACUCUUCUGACUACUAUUAAAGCCAAAUGGUUUAGAGUUUUGAGAAAAGUACUUGUUUUUCCUAAU